AUGUCAGAAUACGGAUUCACAAAAGUCUCUAGAGAUGUUCAACAAGCCAUUCCAAAUCCUAAAGAACCUUCAAUUCAGCUCAAUACUGAAUUGCCACUUGGUUCACCAUUAGCUAAGUUUGUUUAUGAUUAUUCUAAACAAAGAUUACCGAACGAAACAUUUAAUCAUUCUCUUCGGGUAUAUUUCUACAGUAUGGCUAUAAUUAAGGAUCAAUUUGCCGACUGGACUCUUGAUCCCGAAAUUGUUUUUGUCACUAGCUUGUUACAUGACAUUGGGACAACUCAUGAAAACAUGCAUGCCACCAAAAUGUCAUUUGAGACUUGGGGUGGAAUAUUAUCACGAGACUUGAUUUUGGAACAGACCAAAGGGAAUAAAAAUUAUGCUGAUGCUGUCUGUGAAGCUAUUGUUAGACAUCAAGAUAUAGGGAAAUCAGGCUACAUUACCACUUUAGGGUUGAUUUUACAAAUCAGUACUAUCUUGGACAAUGUUGGAUGGAAUUCUCAUUUGAUCCAUGAAGAUACAUUAAGUGCAAUCAAUAAGAAAUAUUCAAGACAGGAAUGGUUGAAUUGUUUUGCUGCUGCUAUUGAUAAGGAAAAUGAAUUGAAACCAUGGGGUCAUACAAGUGCAUUAGGGGUAGAUGAAUUCAGAGAUAACGUUUUAGCAAAUACCUUGAGAUAUGAGAAAUUAUGA